CAUCAAAUCCAACUUUAUAAAUUCCAAUGAAAACAACGUUAUAGAUUAGUAUUUGUGAUAGAGAUAGGAAGAGGAAUAGAAACAGAUAUAACAAGUUCUGACUGUAUGAUUAGGAGGCACUGUUACUGUUUCCUAAGUAACGCAAUGUACACUUCCGCUGUGCUGGUAUCUAACGCGUGUGAAAGCAGUUUGAAUUGAUGUGGGUUCUGUGACAACUUGUAAACAAAAAUGGCAGAAAUUGUUACUCCUUGGUUUGGUAACGCGGACCCUGGUGCUUUGAGUCGUGUGCAGCAGGAGAAACUCCGUCAGUUCAAGAUUAAUACUCGAAUCAGUAACGAACGAUACUUGAGGUCUCAUCCAGAGGUGGAGCUGCUGGUGUCUGACUUUGUCAGGGGGCAUGCAGCUGUUAAAGAUAUGACCAGUGGUAAUAUGAACUCAUUCAUCUUGAUAUUGCUUUUGCAACAAUCUUAUCUGAGCAUCUGUUUUGAGAAGUUCUCCUGAAAAGACCAGAGAAUAUACUGGAGUUUGCUGCAGAGCAUUUCGUUGAUCCUGAGUUUCCAAGAAGGAUCCAGAGAAAACUGGAAGAGAGAGAAGAAAGAGAAUGAAGUGAAAGUCAUUGCAUCUUUAGGGAGAAAAUUUAAUGUUUUAAGUAAAUGUACUGUUUACAAAAUUGGAUAAUUCCCAAUUUAUCAGCACCUUUUUUUUUUACUUCUUUGGCACGAAACAGGUGAGCAAGGAACAGUCACCAUAUAAAGUCCAGCAGCAUUUUGCUUACUGUGUAGCAGGUGUAUUCUCUAUGGUGAAGAAUGAUUGUCAGAGAAAAGCAGUGAAUAUAAUUUCAUGUGAAGAUAAAGGUGAUGAUUAAUACAUCCACAGUAACCUUGGCCAUUGUAUUGUGAUAAAAUCCCAGAAAAUAAGCCUUCUUGAUAGUCUGUUUUUGAUCACAGAAUGAUGCACCAUCUCCAAAGAGCAAGUUGGCAUUAAUACCAAAAAAAUGUUCCAAUAUAAGCUAAAAGAUCUUGAUAUGUAUACCAGUUGUCUAUCUGUACACACAGGAGAGUAACCAAGAAGACUGUGCCAUGAACAAGCUGACACUUUUGCUUGAUAACAGGACCUUUAAAUACAGAGAGGAUAUCAUG